AUGAAAUUCUGGAGCUGUUGUCAACGCAAGACAACAGAAUUUGAUUCAUUCCUUGAGCAGGAGGGCUGCACCUCAGGACGGCACAAUUGGACGAAGGAGAACACGCUGCCGGAGACUGUAAAAGUCAAUUGCAAUGGUGUCCUUCUGACAGUCUUCUUUGUCUACGACGCUGGAAAGGCACAGUAUGACCGUUCCUUCAACCUCCAAGGGAUUGUUGAUCCAAGCGGGUCCCGAGUGAAUCUCACCGCGACGAAAAUGGAAAUCGUGCUGAAGAAGGCUGAGGCGCGAGCCUGGUCCGCUCUGGAGACACAUCCCCCGGCGAAACCUGAUGAAGAGAAGGAGAAGGUGGAAAGCUAG